AUGGAUAUCAUGGUCGACUGCCACUUUUCUCCAUCCGAUCUGUUCUACGAUCAUUCUUGUCUGUCAUCGCCCGAGGAAGCAGAUUUUGCAGAUGAUUCCGAGCAAGGCGCGGUAGUGUUUGGGGACCACAAGCUGCAGUCCCGUGGAACUGAUGAAGAGGAACAUAUCAAAGCACCAAAUGGCCAUCAUCAAGCUGGCCACUGCCUGGUGUGGGCUUGCAAAGCUUGCAAACGCAAAAGCUCCAACACCGACAGGAGGAAGGCAGCUACCAUGAGGGAGAGGAGGAGACUUAAGAAAGUUAACCAGGCUUUCGAGACUCUGAAGAGAUGCACAAGCGCCAACCCGAACCAGCGACUGCCUAAAGUGGAGAUUCUGAGAAACGCCAUCAGCUACAUCGAGAGCCUGCAGGAGCUUCUCAGGGAACAGGUGGCGAACUAUUAUAGCCUCCCGGGCAAUGGCAAUUCGGAGCCGGGAAGCCCCAUAUCCAAUUGUUCAGACGGAAUGAUGGGAUGUAACAGUCCCGUUUGGUCGAGAAGGAACAUCAACUUUGACCGCAUUUACUGUUCGGAAUUACAGAAUGUUUGUUCCAGCAGCCGAGGCCUUGCUGUUUCCAGCUUGGACUAUCUGUCCAAUAUAGUGGAGCGGAUUUCACCGUCCCCCGAGCGUUGUCUCAUUUCAGGACCGGACGGAAGGACCACAUCCCCGCUUGUCAGCGAUUCCUCGCAGCCUACCACUCCCAGCCAACCAGUCUAUCAUGUGCUUUAG